AUGUUGUGCCGUUGUGUUGCUGUUGUAAUUCCUUUUUGGAAAGAAGCAAGAAAUCACUUAUAUCAUAAGUGUUAUGACGAGGAACUGAGUUGGGAAGAUAAUUUAAAGAAAAAACCAUCAGGAAUAAAUGUACAGCAGUGGAGAUGGUUCGUUUCCUAUCGUUUGAAGGAAUCUACUAAGGAAAAGUGUAGACAAAAUGCUGUAAAUCGGUCAAAACAACUUUAUACACAUACUGGGGGUUCUAAGACAACUGCCAGGCUAAGGGAUGAAGAGAAAAAACAGCAAAGGCGCAUUGGUAGAGGAGAAAUAUUUAUUAUGACUCAUAAAAAAAGGAAUGGCUCUUAUAUGAACGAUGCUGCGCGUGUUGCUAGGGAAGCGAUUGCGAAUAUCGAGAGCCAAGAUGGUUCCUCGAAGGAGAUUUCACUUACUGAUUCGCUUGCGCAAGUUCUUGGAAAGGAGCAUUCAGGACGAGUUCGGGGUUUAGGUUUUGGACCAUGUCCCACCGAACUUAUUCAUAACACGACCCAGCAAUCGAACUCUGGAGUGCAAAUAGAGGAGUAUCAGAGGGAGAUUAUAGAAUUAAAGGCAACCGCAGCAGAACAGAAGGCAGAGAUUACAGAAUUAAAGACAGCGGCAGCAAAAAAUAAGGCAGAGGAAAUGGAAAAAAUUACAGACUCUGGUAAAUCUAGUAAAAUACAUGUUACAACAGCAAGAAGACACUUUGCCACCUGA